UUGACGUUGCUGAUUCUACGUUUCAGUCUUGAUUGACUUUCUGGUUGAUCUAUUGCUGUUUUCUUCAUCAGCGUUUAAAUCGUUACCUGAAAUUUUGAGAUCAUGGUUGCGACUUGUAGGAUAUACAAGAAAGGCUCACCUAAUGCGAAGGUGAUGCUAUAUCUUCCAAAAAGAGAAUACAUUGAUCAUAUAACACAUGUGGACCCUAUCGAGGGAGUUGUUCUUUUGGAUGAUGAAUAUUUGAAACAGCGUCAUGUGUAUGGCCACGUGAUCGCCACUUUUAGGUAUGGUCGAGAGGAUGAUGAGGUCAUGGGUCUAAAAUUUGUGAAAGAGCUGUAUUUGGCUUCUGAACAGAUUUAUCCACCUGAGACGAAAGAUGGAAUACCUGUUGGUACUCGAUCUAAGAUGCAAGAGCGGCUUAUCAGCAAACUUGGACCUAAUGCUUAUCCUUUCAAACUAAUGCUACCAGAAAAUGCGCCACAUUCUGUCGUGCUACAGCCUGGUGCAGAAGAACAAGGUCAGCCAUGUGGAGUAUAUUAUGAAGUCAGAAUAACAGUUGGAAACACACAGCAUGACAAAGGACAUAAACGGAAUUCAGUCUCUAUGGCCAUAAGAAAAGUUCAGAGGGCCCAACUAAUCGGAAAUAGGCAGCCUUGCUCUAUCAUCAAAAAGGACUUCCUUCUCAGUCCUGGUCACCUGGAAUUAGAAGUCACUCUGGAUCGUCAAGUCUUCGGUCACGGUGACCAGGUGGCUGUCAAUAUAGCUGUAAGAAAUUACUCAAACAAAACUGUGAAAAGGAAUAAAAGUCUACGUUCCUUAACUAAACGCUUAAUUUUAUUAUUUCUAGGUAUUCAAAAUGCAGAUAUUUGCAUGUUUGCUAGUGGACAUUGCCGAACAAUUAUAGCUUGCGUCGAUACUGAGUCUGGUUGCCCAAUUGGACCAGGAGGAACAUUACAUAAAAUUGUAGAGAUUAAUCCAACCAUUACUGACAACUGUACUACUAGAGGUGUGGCAUUAGAUGCACCAGUAGGUGAUGAACCAGUCAGCAUGGCAUCUUCGACUAUCUUACCAGAAGAACAAGAAAAAGAUCCUUUCGGCAUUAUUGUUUCAUAUUCCAUCAAAGUGAAACUUAUUCUAGGAGCCUUGGGUGGAGAAGUUGUAGCUGAGCUGCCGUUUGUUUUAAUGAAUCCUGGAAUUGGAAAAAUUCACCAAUUAAAUGGUGAUGGCGGCAUGCUGGAAAACAAGGAGCUAUCAGCAGAUGAUCCAAUAAACAAGAAAGAUGCCUGAAGUAUUCAGAGGGAAAAAUAAGAACAAAAAUGUAGCAAAGAAUCACUUGA